AUGGGACCCAGCAGCUGCAUCUGGGAAGGUUGGACCUUGCAGAGUGAGGCCCUGACUAGAGGGAUGGGCACCUGGCUCCUCGUCUGCAUCUGGGUCGGCUUGGGAGACAUGGUGCCAGGGGAAAGAGGAGGUGAGGGCACUAGGGCUGGAGCUUUCACCUGCCUCACCAACAACAUCCUCAGGAUUGACUGCCACUGGUCUGCCCCAGAGCUGGGCCAAGGCCCCAGCCCCUGGCUCCUCUUCACCAGCAACAAUGCACCGGGCAGCAAGCACAGGUGUGUCUUCCGGACCAGCACGUGCACCAUGGUGCUGCCGCCCGAGGAGGUUCUUGUGCCUUCCGACAACUUCACCAUCACUUUGCACCGUCACAUCUCUGGGAAGGAGCAGGUCAGCCUGGUGGACCCCCAGUACCUGCCCCGGAGACAUGUGAAGCUGGACCCUCCCUCUGACUUGCAGAGCAACGUCAGCUCUGACUCCUGCGUCCUGACCUGGGCCAUCGGUCCUGCCUUGGAACCACUGGCCUCGAUGCUCAGCUAUGAGCUGGCCUUCAAGAGGCAGGAAGAGGCCUGGGAGUGGGCCCAGCACAAGGGUCACAUUUUUGGGGUGACCUGGAUCAUCCUUGAAGCUGCUGAGUUGGACCCUGGUUCUACCUAUGAGGCCAGGCUGCGUGUCCAGAUGGCCACCCUGGAGGACACCAUCGCGGAGGAGGAGCGCUAUGAGGGCCACUGGAGUGAAUGGAGCCAGCCCGUGAGCUUCCCCUCUCCCCAGAGGCAAGGCCCCCUGGUUUCACCUUUGAGGCAGCCCGACAGCACCCUUGUCGCUGUGUUCGUCUUUCUCUUGCUGACCAGCCUGACUUACCUCCUGUUCAAGCUGUCACCCAGGGUGAAGAGAACCUUGUACCAGAACGUGCCGUCCCCGGUGCCCUUCUUCCAGCCCCUCUACAGUGUGCACAGCGGGAACUUCCAGACCUGGACAGGGGCCCACAGAGCUGGUGUGCAGCUGAGCCAGGACUGUGUCGGUGCCACACAAGGAGCCUCGGAGUCCGGCGUCCGGGAGACCGUUGCGUUCCUUACCUAUGACCCGGCGGAUCCCUGGCCAUUCAUGGGCCUGGAGGAGGAGGGCACUGGCCCUGGACUCCCGGUGGAUGUGUGGCCAGCAGCCCUGGAGUCAGGAGAAGAGCCACCUGCCUACCUGCCGCAAGAAGAAUGGGUCCCUGCGAGCCCUGCCAGGCCAGCUCCCCCACAAUCAGAGGGCAGUAGCAGUGACUACUGUGCCCUGGGCUGCUAUGGGGGGUGUCACCCUUCGCCUUUCCCAGGAACCAUGCAGAGUCCUGGGCCCAUCCAGGCCUUGGCCUGUGGCCUUUCCUGCGACCAGCAUAGCCUGGAUGCCAGGCAAGGAAGUAGCUAUGUGGGAGCUGGUCUCAGUCAGGGGCAAGACCCUGGGGAACAGGCUGCAUGA